AUGGCCGGCUUCAACAAUCAAUAUAUAAUCAACUCAUGGCCAGAUGAACAAGUCGAUGAUGGAUUUUUCGACAUCAAACCUUUUCUUUCCGAGGUUUUCCCCGCAAUAUCAUAUUGUAAUUCAGACAGUAUUCCGAUUCAGAUGCCUCAGACUUGCAUGAAACAGAAAUUUAAGCAGCUUAACGACACCAAUUUGAGCCCUUCACACCCUACUGUUGAAUCAAGUCAAAAGGGCUCAUCUCCAUUCUCUACAACUCAAUUUAUUUCUUUUGGAAAAUCAAGUCCAUACUCAUCAGAUGGAGAGAAAUUAUACGAAGAUGAUAUUGUUUACAAUAGCAGAAGCCCCAUAAGGAGAACGCCAAUUCAAGCUCAAUAUCAUGUUGCGGCAGAAAGGAAGCGAAGAGAAAAGUUGAGUGACCUCUUCAUAGCUCUUUCAAAACUUGUUCCAGGCCUCAAAAAGCUGGACAAAACUUCUGUCCUUGAAGAUGCAACCAAGCACAUUGAAGAGCUUCAAGAACGUUUAAAGACUCUAGAGGAAGGGGAAAACAACAACUCCACAGCACCUAAUACCAUGGUAGAAAGAUGUAUCAUCUCGACAUGCAGUGACAAUACUUCUUCCUUCAAAGGCACCACACUUGAACAAAUCCCCGAGAUCAAGGUCAAGAUCCAAGGCAAAAGCGUGCUUAUAAAAAUCCUAUGUGAGAAAAAAUACUAUGGAUCCAUAUCAAGUAUGUCAACCGAACUCGAGAAGCUACAUCUUACCAUCCUGGAUACCAGAAUCUUAAGAUUUGGUUCUUGUACACUUGACAUCACUCUUAAGGCUCAGAUGGACAGUGCAUUCUCCGUAACAGUGGAGGACAUUAUAGAGCAUCUUCAACUUGGCAUAUUCCAGUUGCAAUCGUGA